CGCAAAUUAACCGCGCUUGUUAAGCUAAAUCACACUCCAGAAGCGCAAUUUAGCACAGAUCCCAACCUUCGGGAAGAUCAGAAGAAGAAGUCCGCCAUUUCCCAAUUCAGAGCUCUGAACUUCACGGCGCUCGCUUGCUCCGACGACGGCGAUAGUCUCCAAUUUCACAGGAAGGAGAAAUUCUGCGAUUUCCAGUCCGCCGGAAUGGCGAGUUCGCUGAGGCUGUAUUUGACGUGCAUUAGGAACACCCUAGAGGCGGCCAUGUGCCUACAGAAUUUCCCUUGUCAAGAAGUCGAGAGGCAUAACAAGCCAGAGGUUGAACUAAAGUACUGUUUGACAAGCUCUGAACUUCUGCUGAAUCCUGUUUUGAUAUGUCGAAAUGAGGCUGAAAGAUGCUUAAUAGAAACAUCGAUCAAUUCAUUGCGACUAAGCCUUAAGGUAAAGCAGGCUGAUGAACUUGAAAACAUACUGACGAAGAAGUUCCUUCGAUUUUUGUCAAUUAGGGCAGAAGCAUUUCAAGUGCUGAGGCGAAAGCCGAUACAGGGUUAUGAUAUAAGCUUUCUUGUUACAAACUACAAUUGUGAGGAAAUGCAGAAGCAAAAGCUCAUAGAUUUCAUUGUGCAAUUCAUGGAGGAUAUUGACAAGGAGAUCAGUGACCUGAAAAUGUCGGUGAACACCAGAGGGAGGCUUGUAGCUACAGAGUUCCUGAAGCAGUUCCUUUGAUCAUUACCGAAUUCCUUGUUCUGGAUUGCACCGCCGCCAUUCAACUUGAUCCUCACAAGCAUGUGGCCUCGUUCAAACUCAGAUUCAAUCCGGUAAAAUCAGUAAAUCCAGAACCGCGAUAUAAAUUUUUCCCAUGCUCUAUAUCUCGAGAAUCAUGUAACCUAGGAUCAGAAGCAUGUAAUUAAUUGAAGGAGAGUAGACGAUUUUUUUUUUUUUUAUUACUGUGUUUGGAUCUCUCUGAUCAACCAAAUCAUGUUAGUUUGAGAAGUGCUGGGACAUUGAAUCCGGUCUCUUUGUUCAACCUUCCUUUUUUGUUGGAUGUCCUGAUGAAUCAACAUCAUUUGGAACUGAUAUCACGAGUUGAAAAGGAUACUUACGUAUUCAGUUGUGUCCAUCGCCGCAGAUUAGCCUCUUCUUUCCUGCUUUGCACUGUGGAAUCACAGGAAAUAUGUGUGUUGUUUUUGCCCCAGAUUGAAUGUAUAACUGAUGCAGAUUUUCAGUAGAGCUUAGGUUCUUUGGUUAUGUAAAUGAAUAACGAUAAGCCUG